AUUAAGAAGAGUGUGAUAGAUAGAUAGACAUGAGUCGAGGUUAGAAGACUUCUUUACAAGUAAAAACUCCUUUAAUAUUUGAACUGUUAGCACAGUGUUUACUGCAUCGCCUCUUCAUCGGAGCAGGUUGAUAUUUUACCGCCGGCGGAGAUAACAGCUCCGGUGAGCUAACACUUGCUGAAAUCAUUGAAAAGACGUUAAAGAAGUAGAAUCAGUGAAUCACCUAUCUUUUAUUUCAUGAUGAAGAAGACGGUUUUGAACUGGUCAGAUCUGGAUAGUGAUCUUUUAUCUGAAAUAAUUGAUCGAAUAAGUUGUCUGCGGGAUUUUAUCAUCUUUGGCGCUGUAUGCAAGUCAUGGCGGUCUGUUGCUUCACCGGAGAAAUUCAACAAAUCGACUAAAGUUCCGUGGCUUUUGCUUGAUCAAAAGGAAGACGAUAACUGCCACCGUAAGUUUUUCGACCUCUCUAAAGAAGCAGUUUACAGUGUCAACCUACCAAAGCCUCUAUAUAAAAUUCAAUCGUCCAUCACAGGAAUAAGGAAAUUUUGUUUGUCUUAUAUUUUUAAGAGAGAGAAAUGUUUUUUGUGUUCAAAAGGAUGGUGUUUGAUAGUUGAGUACAAAACACAAUUAAGUCUUUUGAAUCCCUUUUCGCUUUCAAGAAUUGAUCUGCCACAUCCUUUUUAUCUCUCAAAAGAUUUUAUUAAUAAUUAUAAUUUCAUCCUGAAUUUUGCCUUAUCCUCUAGUUCAAGUUCCUCAUCAGAUUUUACAACAAUGAUUCUCUACCAUUUAAGUGGAGCGGUCAGCCCAAGAUUAGCAUUCUGGAAAAAUGGAGAUCGCAACUGGACUGAUAUAGACCUGAUAUUUCCUUCAGAUCUCAUCGAGAUGACAUACCAGAAUGGUCGAUACUAUGCUGCUCAUCUUAAUGAUGGUCCAAAUGGAUAUGUUAUUCAUGAAAUUGACAUUCAAAAUUCUGCAUUUGUUUCAACACGAACCAAGUCAUUUAGCAAUCUCUCUAUGGAUACUUUUAACCCAUAUCCAUUUUGGAUUGUUGGAUCAUCACGGGGGCUGUUUAUGGUCACUUCGGAAUUGAGAUUUAAUUUGGAGAUAAGAGGUGGCAGCCAUCCGAUUGGUUUGCUCGAUAUUGAUUCUUAUAUCUUACAGUUUAUUGUUGAAGAGGUUGAUUUUGAGAGGGGAGAAAGUAAAGAGGUGAAAGAUUUUGGAGAUGAAGCUUUAUUUGUGGGAUUGGAGUCUUCCUUCUUUGCUGAUGUAUCAAAAGAAUCGAAACUUAAGUCAAAUCACAUAUACUUUGCUGAAAAAUUUCAAGAACUUUGGUCGUAUACCAGAAGAGGUGCUGGUGUUUACAGCAUGAUGGAUAGGUCAUAUAAGCGACUUUUCACCGAGGCAGACUAUGGUUAUGGUUCUAGUCAAUGGUUUGAACCAAGACUCUGACUUUGACCCUAAGUAAAGUAGAUUGCAAAAAAUAGUCAUGAAUUUCUAGAAAUACUUUUCACCCAUUUCCAUUUGGGAUAGUUGGAUUAUCUCGAAUGUUGAUAAUGGUCACUUUGAGAUCAGAGAUUACUUCGGAGAGAACAGGUGGCUGUCGGAUUAUUACCGGCGAUCUUUAUUCUCAUUCCUCACAGUUUAUUAUCGAAGAGGUUGAUUUUGAAAAGCGAAUGAGUAAUAGGGUGAGUUAUUUUGGAGAUGAAGCUUUAUUUUUAGGUUUUAACUCUUCUUAUUUAGCUGAUGUAUCGAACGAACGAGAUUUAAUUCAAAUCACUUGUACUUUGCUGAAAACUUUGAAGAAACUCGGUCAGAAGUAGAGGAGGUGUUGGUGUUUACGGCAUGAUUGACCCAUCUGCCUAGCCGAUUUUCAGCAAAGCAGGCUCUAUUUAUGGUUGUUAUAGUCAAUGGACUGAACCAAGACCCUAAGUUAGUAGUUUUUAUAUAUCGGUCUUAAUUUUAUUUAUUGUGUUUCUGCUA